AGAAACUAAGGAACCUUUUCAUUUCUGAAUCAUCUAUGGGGCGCAAAGGGAGCGGUGUUGAUACAGAAAUUCAGGAGAAACCAAGCACAUUCUGGACACAGUGUCCCAUUUGUUGGGCAAAACUGCAAUACUACACGGAGUUUCUGGAUCGGUUGCUCCGUUGUCAAAUAUGCCAUAACACAUUUCAAGCUCGUGAAUUGUUAGAAGAUGUUGAUGCAGAAGCUCUCAGGAAUCAAUGUCCAAACCAUAAAGAGCCUCCAAAACAGUGUCCACAGGACCCCCCAAACACAUUCUGGACACAGUGCUCCUUUUGUUGCGCAAAAUUUCAAUACUACAGUGAUACUCUGGGUCGAUUGCUUUGUUGUCAAAUAUGUCAGAAAGCAUUUGAGGCUCAUGAAUUGAAGAACGAUGUUCAUCCAGAAUUUUUCAGGAAUCAAUUUUCGAAUACUGUGGAGCCUCCAAAACAGGGUCCAUCAAACUUAGCCUCAGAAAGUAGUGGUGGAAGUAAAAAGGGAAAUAUCACAAGAUUUCAAGACGGAGAUGGAACCUUCAAAAGUUUGAGGAAGGGUCAAUCUUCUGGUGUCGCUGAGAAGAAGAGGAAUAUUGGAGCUGCUGGUGUACAUAAGAAAGAGGCAAGAGAAAAUGUUAGUUUCCCUCUGGAUAAAAAUUUUCCAAACAAGAAGAGGAAAACAGAAGAAUUUGAGUUAAAAGCAAAGGAAGCCACCAUGCUAGAUAAAGAGGAAAGCAACUUCAAAGCUGAUGUCAGUUCUGCAGCAAAUGUAGCCACUCUGGAGAGCAUUGAGGUUCCUGAUCCUCAAUUUCAUAAGUUUGUAGUUGAUGCAGACAUGUUGGCAAAUCUUUGUCAAGCUAAUCAAACAUGGGCUCUUUAUGAUACAGCAGAUGGCAUGCCCAGAUUCUAUGCUAUUGUCAAGAAGGUCCUCACCCCUGGAUUUAAGCUGAAAGUCAGCUGGCUGGACGCGGAUCCAGAUGACCAAGAUGCACGCCACAACAGGGAGUCUUACAGGCUCUGUUUUGGUAUAUCCUAGGAAGGGAGAAACUUGGGCCAUCUACCAGAAUUGGGAUAUUGGGUGGAGUUCUGAGCCGGAAAAGCACGUAUCUUACAAAUAUGAAUUUGUUGAAGUCUUGUCAGAUUAUGUGGAAGGUGAUGGAAUUGGAGUUUCUUAUUUAGCCAAAGUAAAAGGAUUUGUUAGUUUAUUUCAGCAAACCGAGCAGCAUGGGUUUCAAGUACCACCUGAUGAGCUUUAUAGAUUUUCUCAUCGAAUUCCCUCUUUCAAGAUGACUGGUCAUGAAGGAUAUGGUGUUCCCUCAGGAUCCUUUGAGCUAGAUCCUGCUUCUUUGCCCUCCAGUAUUUUGAUUCAUGAUGUACGUGAUUUGGAAAUCGAUAACAGAAGGAAGAAUACUGAACCUAGUGAUUUGUCUGGUAUGCAACAGAAGAAUAUGUGGAUUCUAAAUGUGAGUUCUAUGAAAGAGAAGUGCACAGAAAACUUAAGCCAGGGAAACGUCUCUCAACAAAGUGAUAUUCCAUAAGCGGAUAACAAAAACAACACGCAGAAGAAGCAUCAUAAGACCUUCAGUAUUAGAAGAUCCACCAAGGGAUAUAAGCAAGACUAGAGCCAUAUCAAAUGUAGUGAUGAAAUGUCCAGAUACAGCAAUUUCAUAUUUGUAGCAUGUUGAUGUUGAGGAUGAAAACCAUGUCAGCUUCCCUUGUUUUAAAUAAACUUAACCAGUAGCCAGUGUAAUGACAGGAUGCAUUCACGUGUUUUCAGUUUUA